AUGGUAAGUUCUCUGAUGACACCUGUUAGUUGGCUUCCAACUACUUCCUCUUCAAUGAUGGGACUCUUUUCGAAACUUGAAAUUCCCCCAGCUGCACAAGUUUAUGCUGCUGGAACUGUGGGAACGUCCUUCAAUAAUUUAUUCGUCAUCUUCGCUAACUUCUACGGAACAGUUGCUACAUUCGCUCUUCUCUUUACUCACUCCCCUUAUCGAAAUUUUAUCAGACAGUGUUGUCGUCUGGAAAAACGGAAAAACACGACGACUGGAAAAAUUUCAAUCAGUGGAAAUAGACCGAGUGUUUUUGCGGCGGCACGAGCUGGGCAUGGACAGUAUCCAGCAUCUGGUCCUGGAGCGGCAUCCUCUCCACGAGUUCCUGGAGUUCCGUUCUUUCCUGGUGGUCCUGGUGGUCCUGGACGUCCAGCGUUUCCUGGCUUUCCAGACUCUCCGUCGUUUCCUGGUGCUCCUGGUUGUCCGGCUGGUCCGGCCUCUCCACGUGGUCCUGGUGGUCCUGGACGCCCUGGUUGUCCUGGUUUGUACUCGGUUCCUGGCUCUCCACGUGGUCCGGCUGGUCCUGGUCUUCCUGGGUUUCCUGGUCUUCCGGAGUCUCCUCCCUCUCCUGGAGCUCCUGGUCCUCCUGGUGGUCCCGGUGGUCCCUUGCGUCCGUUGUCUCCAGAUGGUCCAGCUGGUCCGACCUCUCCUGGUGGUCCACGUGGUCCUGGACGUCCUGGUGGGCAUUGA